GACUCACCCAUCCUCAGCUUCUACCCGCAGAAGUUCGUGGUGGACAUGGAUGGGGUAAAAGUACCCUGGGGAGGCAUGACUUUAAUUCCUUUCAUCGACCCGGUGUCCCUGGUGUCGGCCAUGGAGUCCUCGAAGCAGCACAUGCUUAGCAAGGCCGAGGAGCAGCGGAACGAGUUCCGCAAUGCCUGCACUCUCAGGUACGACAUGAAGGCGCAGCAGUCGCUGGCGAGUACCUGGAAGGGCAAGUACCCCGACCUGGUGAACUGCCCAGUGAGGAUAGCCGAGUUCACGCACCCGCCUCUCCCGCCUGGGGUUGAUCACUUCCCGAACUAUCUUCUGCCCG